UCUCCUCUCCUCUCCUCUCCUCUCCCUCUCUUCAUCAUUGAGUCCCACUUUGCUCUGCUCAGACCACGAGGCAGACCUUCACAUGUAAAGUAAAGCUGUUUGGAUCUUGGACUUCUUGCUCAGCUAUGCAGCAGAGAGACGGAUUAGCUCAAGCUGAGUGAGCACCAGAGCAAGGAUUGGGCGUUUGGCCAUUUAACUAUCACCUGGCGGACUGAGAGAGAAACACUACCAUACUCUCUGUUUUUGUCUCUUUUUACCUAAAUCUCCUCUUCUCCCUUUACCCUUCUAUCCCUCUUUCCCCUCUCUCAACCAUGACUCUUUUGUCAGAGGACCAGUCUGUGAGGACCAAACCCUGUCGGCUCCCGGAGCCUGGCAAACACAUCAGCACUUCUUUACACCAGUACUCAACAGACUACACUGACUCAAAAGAGGACUACAUAGACAGUGGGGAGAGUGCUGUGUUCGGAGCCGUGGAGCCCCCCAGGCGCUCACGGGGCCGACUUAUUCUCCACAGCAUGGUCAUGUUUGGAAGGGAAUUCUGCUAUGCCGUGGAGGCAGCAUUCGUCACACCGGUGCUUCUGAGUGUGGGCCUUCCCCGCAGCCUGUACAGCUUGGUGUGGCUGAUCAGCCCUAUCCUGGGCUUCCUGCUCCAGCCCAUCAUCGGCUCAGCCAGCGACUACUGCCGCUCGUCGUGGGGCCGGCGGAGGCCUUACAUCCUGGCCCUGGGCAUCCUCAUGCUGCUGGGAAUCACCUUGUUCCUGAACGGAGAUGCUGUCAUCUCAGCACUAGUCAGCAAUAGGUCAUUGAGGAGUACAUGGGCCAUAGUUGUGGUGAUGUUCGGAGUUGUGCUGUUUGACUUUGCUGCGGACUUCAUCGAUGGGCCCAUUAAGGCUUACCUGUUUGAUGUAUGUUCACAUCAAGACAAGGAAAGAGGUCUGCACUACCAUGCUCUACUCACAGGUCUGGGCGGAGCAUGUGGCUAUCUGGUGGGAGCUAUGGACUGGGGGCAUUCUGCGAUCGGCCAGCUGCUGGGCUCCGAGUACCAAGUCAUCUACUUCUUCUCAGCAUUGACCUGGGGCAUCUUCCUCACCAUACACCUCUUCAGUAUUCCAGAACAACCGUUGGACAAGGAGAUAUCCACCUCUGACUCCUCACCUCCCAGUGCCCUUCACCUACUGGGCUCCCACAGCAAUGGUUACGGAGCACUGGCUAAAGAACCAGUACCUGUAGUCCCUGCAUCCAUCUCAGACCUCAGGCCUAGGUCUUUCUCUGCUCUGGGGGAGGCCAACUCAGUGACAUCCAGUGCCAAGCAGCCAAACAAGGAGGCCCAGAAGAGGAUGACUUUCAGGUCGCUGAUGACAACUGUCAUCAACAUGCCAAACCACUACCGCUGCCUGUGUGUCAGUCACCUGUUGGGGUGGACAGCUUUCCUCUGCAAUAUGCUCUUCUUCACCGAUUUUAUGGGACAGAUUGUAUACAAGGGAAAUCCUUAUGCAGACCAUAACUCUACAGCCUAUGUGACAUAUGAGAGAGGAGUUGAAGUGGGCUGCUGGGGACUUUGCAUUAAUGCUGUGUCCUCUGCUCUCUACUCCUAUGUGCAGCGUUUCCUUCUCCCAUACAUCGGCCUGAAGGGAUUAUACUUUAUGGGCUACUUUGUGUUCGGCAUGGGCACCAGCCUGAUUGGCCUCUUCCCCAACAUCAUCGCCACACUCACCCUCUGCAGCGUGUUCGGCGUCAUGUCCAGCACGCUCUACACCAUCCCAUUUAACCUGAUAGCUGAGUAUCAGCGUGAAGAGGAGGAACAACUGAUGCUGCGAAGAAGCAAUGAAAGUCAGCGAGGCACCGGGGUGGACUGUGCUGCGCUCACCUGCAUGGUCCAGCUAGCUCAGAUUAUGGUGGGCGUGGGGCUUGGGGCUCUGGUCAACGUGGCAGGAAGUGUAAUCGUGGUGGUCCUCUCAGCCUCAACCAUGUCUCUGUUAGGCUGCAUCUUCAUCGCCCUCUUCAUCAGAUAUGUGGAAUGAUUCUGCAUAUGUAAAAGUAUUUUAAUGCUAUUAUUUUAAUAAAUAAAGAUUCUUUAUUACAUCCA